GAAAUUAUAUUUCUAAAUAGCUCAGCGAGAUACAUGCGCUCAUCCUGAAAUUGGAAUUCGUGUUUGCUUCUUUAAUCUGCCAGACGAGUUAUUGUGCUGAAUCGCGUGGAGGGGCACGCGGCACCUUGUGCUCAAGUAUUUGAAUUCAACUAGUUGGUCGUUCCAUCACAUUCGCAGAGAUCUAAGAGUUUCCACACGUGAAGAUAGUUUGUCACAGUCUCCAUCAUUAUGCAUUCUCACCUCCUACUGCCGAAGGACCUCGCAAUUUCUGUGUAUCAAGAUUAGCACACAGGAUCAGCUUUGUGUUGACAGAGAUCUGAUUCGACUGGCUCAACUUGGGAAACAGCAGUGCGGAUAGACGUGUGUAUCAUCAAGCACCUAAUUCAGUGUCACGGGAUCACGGAGCCCGCUGAGAUGGACGUGGGAGCGCUAGCAAGACAACAAACGGAGUUUGUGCUAGACCUGUACAGGAAAAUAGCUAAUCGAGCUCCAGAGGAGAAUACCGUGCUUUCGCCAAUCAGUAUCAGCCUCGCGCUGUCAAUGGUGGCAGCUGGAGCGAAAGGACCCACCCUAGAACAAAUUGCAAACUCCAUCAAGAUCCCGCAUGGAGACUUGAUGCACAAGUUCUCGACGCAUUUGGCAAACAUACUGCAAUCUGAUGGAGAACAGGGUCUAGAAUUGUCUUGUGCGAAUCGCAUCUGGGUCGAUCAAACCAUCCAGCUAAAGCCCACCUUCCAGAAAUUGCUCAAGGACUCUUAUGGUGCCGAGGCUGCAUCAGUGGAUUUCCGCCAUAAGUCAACCGAAGCCCGGGAGACAAUAAACAAAUGGGCUGAGAACAAGACACAUGGCAAGAUUGCCAACGUCCUCCCUCCAGAUGCCGUGUCGGCACACACAAAAGCGAUCCUUGCCAACGCGAUAUACUUCAAUGGCAGCUGGGAGAACCGCUUCGACAGUUCCAUGACCAAAGACGACGACUUCCAUCUAGCAGACGGAACCACCAUUCAAGUCCCCAUGAUGAGAUCUCACAAAAACCAGUUCUUCAAAUCCUUCCCCACACACAAGGUCGUCCGCCUCCCUUACGCCCUCAAGGAAACAACCCAACGCAGCUUCGCCAUGUUCAUCCUCCUCCCACAGGAAAACAUCACCCUCCUCGACCUGGAAUCGAGCCUCACCCCACAGUCUCUCACCUCCGACCUCACCAACUUCGGCAACAAAGUACCGCUCAAACGAUUCCUACUCCCCAAGUUCAAAGUCACAUACGGGCUGGAGGUAUCGGAACCCUUAAAGGCCAUGGGAAUGGAGCUGCCCUUCACACCGGAAGGCGAUUUCAGCGACAUGACUAGCGAUGAUGGGCCUCUGGGCAUCUCCAGUGUUCGUCACAAGGCCUUCGUGGACGUGAAUGAGGUGGGGACGGAGGCAGCGGCGGUGACCACCGUGGAGAUCUCGCUCAUGUCCAUGAUAAUGUACACAAGAGAGCCCGAUACCUUCGUCGCAGACAGGCCCUUCAUGUUCCUCAUCAUGGAAGAGGUCAGCAACGCCAUCGUCUUUUCCGGGCGGGUCACCAACCCCUCCAAGCAAGCGUGACCGAACCCUAGCACUAACCCUAAUUGUUUUAGCGGGGUUUGCUCGCACUGGUGACCGUGUCGGUGUUGCUGGAGAUUAGGGUUUUCAUUAGCGGAUUUGAAUGCAAUCAUUCAAUUCUAAAGUUUGAAAGGAAAAAAAGCAAAGCAUAUUAUAAAGAGUUUUUUCAUGUAAGUUUGAUAAAUUAUUAAUUUGUAAUAUUCCAAGUAAAGAUGGCUGUAGGAUUAUAAAAAUAUAAUUAAUCCAUCUUCAUUUUUAUAACCAAGUACUUAUGCAUUAAUGACAUUGUUUAUAACCUU